UCGGCCUCCCGCCUCUUUUCUCUCUGUCUCUCUCUCUCCCCGAACUGCUAUUCUCUCUUUCUUUUUGCCUUUUCUCUCUGUUUUCUUGUUUAAGUUUUGCUGGUCCCGCGGGGAUUUCUUUCCACCAUCUCCCUGGCGUGGUGGCCAUAAGUAAAUCUUCAAGAAGCAGCAAACGCCCCCGUAUAAUCAAUCGCUUUUACUUUUGAAACACCCGUCUCUGAUGUUUUGAGACUAUAUAUAGGAAGAGUUUGAUCGUAUUUGCAUCUAUAGUUGGUUCUAAUGGCGCAAGAGUUGGAUGACUUGGAUUUUUGGCUUCCAUCAGAGUUUCUGACGGACGAUUACCUGCUAACUGACCGUUUCGGGACUAGGGGAACCGAUGAUUUUUCGUAUGGAUUUCGGAAUUCGUUUGGUGUCGGUUCGGAUGUGAGUUCACCCGUGGAGUCAGUCACGGGACCGAUGGAAACCGAGAGCGACGAAGAUGACUUGAUCACCGAAUUGAGUCGCAAGUUUGCUUAUUCUACUUUACAAGACUCCAAUUUAUCCUCUGACUACACGACAAAGGGGUGGAGGCCGUCCGGUUCGCCGAGAUCAACUUUGUGCGGGCUUAAACCAGCUUCUAGGGGCGGCUCCAACUCCGUUUCUCGUGUUUGCUCACCCCAGGAUGGUAGAAGCGCCCUGACGUGGGAUUGGCUGAAUGCCGCAGGAGAGGAGGUUAUGAGGAUGCGAAUGAUCGAAGAAGCGGCGUCGUUUUAUUCAACAAAACUCUUCGGGCCGCCCCCCAAACCCAACCCUGUUACUAUGCCCCAACAUAACCCCAAUUCUGCCUCGGGGUUCUACCUGAGCCAAUUCCAAAGACAAGCCCAACUUUCUUGCGAGCAGUUCCAAGCAGCUCAAUUUCAGCAGAUGAAUCAACAUCAUGUGAUUGAUGGAGUUAAUGGGCAAGGGGGUUUGAGGUACCAACUUCAUAAUGGAAGCAUAAAUGGCGCUGGGGGAAGAGCUCAAGGAUUAUCAAUGUCGGCAUGGCCUACUUUACAACAAUCUCAGCAGCAGCAACCCGUUUUGGGAAUGAGAGCUGUUCUUUUCGGAGAAACCGGUGCCAAAAAAGAACGAGUGGGAACAGGCGUGUUUAUGCCUAGAAGAUUUAGUUCAAACCCCACUGGGACCCGUAAGGAAUCAGCUGGGUGCUCCACAGUUCUGCUACCAGAUAGACUGGACCACACCAUGAAUUUGGAUCUGGAUGCCCAGGUGCAGAGCAAUGGGGGUUUCAAGACGCAAUAUGAUGCUGUGUCCAAGCAAAGAGGCAACACCAUGACGGCUCAGCCAGUGAUGAAUCAGGAACUCAGGCUUCCUCAAGAGUGGACUUACUGAGCCAUUACUGUUUCACUCAAGAAAGGGAGGUGUUUUUUUGGAGAGAUUUGGAGUUAAAAGGGAUUUUAUAGAAUGAAAUAGUAAUAACAAGUUAGCAGUUAAAAAAGAAUAGACUUUUAGUGGUAGUAGUCCAGGGCAGUUGGUGAUGGUGAAAAAACAACCAGGGUUCUAUGGGGUUAGUAUUCAGGCUUGAGGGGGAGGAAUAAAAGUUGCCAUUGGGGGUACGGCAAAAAGUAGUGGUAGAAGUUUAAGUAAAUAUUUUGUAGUAGUAUUUUUUGGUUGUUUGGAAUUUGGUGGGCGUAGAAGAAAGUGUGGGGGAGGAUAUCAUUUUCUUGGUUCCCAAUCGGAAAUUGGAACCAUAAACGUUAGUUAAAAAAAAGUAGUUGAUAGGCUUUUUAGGCUGUAAUUCGCCCGAUACCGGUAAAUCGGCUGUGGGUUUUACAAUAUCGAGUGAGUGGUGACGUUGGAGUCUGAUUUUGGUUGCAACUCCAACACUGAUGAUGAAUUUUGUGUUUUGUGUAUGAAAGAGGCUUCCUUUGUACUCCACUCCACUUCAUAUAUUUCAAUGAAAUGAAUUUAGACUGCUCA